GUUUGGUUUGGUAAUAGGAAGGCCUCGUCAAAGUCUUCGCUUCGCCAUCCACCAUUUUCAUUUGCCUUCUCGGCUUCUCCCUUUCCCCUUCUCCGACAAGCCCUUCAAUCCCACCACUUUUUCUCUCUCUCCUCCCAAUUGCAACUUUGAUGGUAAUCUCCGCAUUCGGGAGACCCUUGGGAGGCCAGAUCCAAAGAGAUGGGCGCCUGCUUCUCGUGCGCCAACCAACGCCCCCGCAAUACUGGGGCCAACGCGGGGAAGCAGCAGGGGCGGACGGAUGCUAAGGACCAGCAGAAGAUAGAGAAUCGCCCCAAAGGUAAGGCUGGCGAGAAGGAGAAGUCGGCGGGUGGCCGUGUGGUGCCGUGCGGCAAAAGGACCAACUUCGGUUACGAUACAGAUUUUGCCAGCAAGUACACGGUCGGCAAGCUUCUCGGCCAUGGUCAAUUUGGGUACACUUUUAUAGCCACGGAUAAGGCCAAUGGUGAUCAGUUGGCAGUUAAAAAAAUCGAUAAGAAUAAGAUGGUCCUUCCAAUCGCCGUUGAGGAUGUCAAACGUGAAGUAAAGAUACUGAAAGCUUUAAAAGGUCAUGAAAAUGUUGUGCACUUCUACAACGCCUAUGAGGAUGAUACUUAUGUCUACAUAGUCAUGGAAUUAUGUGAGGGUGGUGAACUUCUUGAUCGGAUUUUGGCCAAAAAAGAUAGUCAUUAUUCUGAGAAAGAUGCUGCAGUAGUUGUUAGACAGAUGCUCAAAGUUGCUGCUGAGUGCCAUUUGCAUGGUCUAGUUCAUCGAGAUAUGAAACCAGAGAACUUCCUUUUUAAAUCCACAAAAGAUGAUUCGCCUCUCAAGGCCACAGAUUUUGGCCUAUCAGAUUUUAUAAGACCCGGUAAGAACUUUCAUGAUAUUGUUGGCAGUGCAUAUUACGUUGCUCCAGAGGUGUUGAAACGAAGAUCUGGCCCCGAAUCAGAUGUUUGGAGCAUAGGUGUCAUCACCUACAUUUUGCUUUGUGGACGGCGACCCUUUUGGGAUAAAACUGAAGAUGGAAUUUUCAAGGAGGUGUUAAAAACUGAGCCAGACUUUAAACGGAAGCCAUGGCCAAACAUAAGUGACAGUGCUAAAGAUUUUGUUAAAAAGUUAUUAGUUAAGGAUCCACGUACAAGACUAACUGCUGCUCAGGCUUUGUCACAUCAAUGGGUAAGAGAAGGGGGAAAUGCACUUGAGAUUCCUUUGGACAUCUCCGUCUUAUCAAGCAUGCGCCAGUUUGUUAAGUAUAGCCGGUUUAAGCAAUUUGCAUUAAAGGCAUUAGGAAGCACCCUUAAUGAAGUGGAACUAGCUGAUCUCAAAGAUCAGUUUCAAGCAAUUGACGUAGAUAAGAAUGGUGCAAUCAGUCUUGAAGAAAUGAGACGAGCUCUUGCUAAAGAUCUUCCUUGGAAAUUGAAGGAUGCUUGUGUUAUGGAGAUUCUCAAUGCGAUGGACACCAAUACCGAUGGUUGCAUUGACUUUGAAGAAUUUGUGGCAGCUGCUUUACAUGUGCACCAGUUGGUGGAGCAUGACUCUGAAAAAUGGCGCUUACUUUCUCAGGCCGCUUUUGAAAAGUUUGAUAUGGACAGAGAUGGAUAUAUUACACCUGAAGAACUUCAAAUGCACACAGGUUUGAAGGGCUCCAUUAAUCCACUACUAGACGAGGUUGACAUCGAUAAGGAUGGAAAGAUCAGCUUGGAUGAAUUCCGCAAACUCUUGAAAACUGCCAGCAUGGGUCCACCGCGAGAUGCAACAAAAUGAUCUACGACUCCUGAUCCUUAGAUGUCAUCUUGAGCAUUAUAGAAGUGAAUCGAGAACCUCGUCUAAAUGUGCUUCAAACUGCAAGAGUUUGCCAAGUCAUCUUUGUAUGUAUGAUGUUUUGAACUGAGCGACUGGUAUUUUUAUUGCUGCUAAAGUUUGAUUUCAGGUAGGGGAUUCCUGUUUCAAGUGCAAAUUGUAUAUUUUUUGAUGUGGAUGGCGAUCUUUCUUUCCA